AUUCCGGAAAUUUUUUUCCGGCAAAAAAUUUCCACCUGAGAGACGGAAAUUUUUUUUCGGAAAUUUUUAAGUCGCCUGUCGCAGCCGCAGCCGCAGCCCUCCUCGUCUUCGUCCUCACGCAGCCCUCUUCGUCUUCGUCCUCACGCAACGCAGACUCUGCGUCCUCACGCAACGCAGACUCUGCGUCCUCACGCGCCGUGAAGCAGGAGGUUCAUUUCUCCCGCGGCUUCUCUUCCACUCUCGGUGCGUCGGGCAUCUAUCGCCGGCCGCCGGUGAAAGGGUUGCAGAAAUCGCGUCCCCACAUCAGUGUGCUCACCGUCAGCACUUCAGCAGCAUUCAUCUUCUGCCAAGUUCGAGCCAGUCGACUGAAGCUAGACGACCCUCUUGUUUCCUGCGCGUUCCGGUUUCAGGAAGGAGCAGUUGAGCGGGAGAUGGAUUCACAGCAGCCUGAACCAGUGAGCGGGAGAUGGACUCACAGCAGCCUGAACCAGUGAGCUACAUCUGUGGAGGGGUUCAGUGUGGUGCCCUGGGUUUGGAGGAGGAGGAAGAAGAUGAACAAGGACAAGAUCUUCAAGCUCGCCAAGGGGUUCAGGGGAAGAGCGAAGAACUGCAUACGCAUAGCGAGGGAGAGGGUAGAGAAGGCCCUGCAGUACUCCUACAGAGAUCGUAGGAACAAGAAGAGGGACAUGAGGUCCCUCUGGAUUGAGAGAAUCAACGCCGGCACCCGCUUGCACGGGGUUAAUUAUAGCACUUUCAUCCAUGGAUUGAUGAAGGAGAACAUCCAGCUAAACAGAAAAGUGUUAUCUGAACUGUCAAUGCACGAGCCAUACAGCUUUAAGGCCCUCGUAGACAUCUCUCGAAAUGCAUUUCCUGGAAACAAGCUCCCCAGUAAAGAAGGCGUGGAAGCAUGAUUUUCCUGUGCCAGCUUUCACAAGGUCUGACCAAUAAUUGGUCCUGGUGGAACACGUAUCCUGCUUUUCUUUUCAACUUGUUUCUUCAAGGCUGUUGUUGAAGCAAGAGAGUGUUUUCAGUUUUGUAGGGUAUUUGCAUUUUCAAUCUACCAGCAUGUUGACACCAUUCUGAUAUAUGUUGAGUCAACCGCUUAUUUUCUCCACCGGUUUAUUUCUUCCUAUUACUUUUUUUUUUUUGAGGUGAAGUAUGGGUUCACAAACAUAUCUUGCUGUUUUUUUCUUCUGUUUGUGCUGGUUCAGAUGGAGGUAGGGGUGAUAUAUUAUGGUGUCUUGUUUCAGUUUGUUUAGUUCAAGUGAGUACUGUGGCUCGCUUUUGUAGACGAGACACAGGCUAACCGUGAUCUGUAAAAGAUUUAUUUUAUUUUUUAUCCAGAAGACAGGAAUGCUGUUAAGCACUCUUCAUAAAUGUAUUUUGAUAAUGGAUAAGAUCAA